CAUCAUGAAGAUACUCAUUUUGAUCACUGUUGUCGCCAUGGCCACCGUGGGCAACGCCGGUUACAGCUGCCCUGAGUUCUGGAACUUAUUCGGAGGGAACUGCUAUCGAUACCGGGGGGAUAGAUUGACAUGGUCGGCUGCUGAAGCCAGAUGCAAUGAGGACUCUACCAUCGCUGGAAUGGGACAUCUAGCUUCGAUCCAUAGCCUUGCAGAGAACCGCUUCGUUUAUGAGAUGUUCAAAUCAAGCGUGUCCAUAAACGACAUUCCAGAUUGGGUGUAUAGCGUAGCAGACCGCAAUCCAUUAUACGGGAUAUGGACCGGACUUCACCAGGCUGUGGCUGACGGCCCCUGGAAGAACUCUGACGGUACCGACCAGGGUGAUUUCUUCAAAUGGAUGCGUGCAGAAGAACCCAACAACGACUACUACGGAGGUGAAGAGGUGGAAGAUUGCGUCCAUAUCUUUCGCUAUAACGAUGCCUCAGACAUUCAACAAGGAUGGAAUGACAUAUACUGCAACGAAGUGAUGUCCUUCGUCUGCAAGAUGCCAGCGGACAUGGAGUCUUGCGAGUAAUAAGUGGUCCACAUUUUCGACCACUUGCCUGACUAACGUCAACCAAUCAUCAAUAU